AUGAAGAUACUUGAUAACUAUUUAAUUUUCCAUUUUUUAAAUCAAAUGCAACCGCCCGCAGCCGCAAAUGCUUGCGGGAAGGAGCUUUUGAAAUCAAGCGAUCUCGAACGGUUCAAAGCGGCAUGGAGCGGUUUUUAUGAUUGGUACCAACGGCUAACAAGCGCUAAUAACCGCAAUCGACCACUAACAACCGCUAAGCGGGUUUUAGCGGGAAAACCAAUCAAGCUCUUAACGCAAAUUCAAGUAUUUAAGUGCAGUCCAAUUAAUGCAAAUUCAAGACAACGACGAAGCGGCAGAUCCAACAAAGCAAGCCAUGAGAGAAAUCGCACCCGAAACAAAAACAGUAAACAUGAAGAAGCAAACGGCAAAAAAGCCGAUAAGAAGCCGACCAUCGCCGCUUUGAAAGCCAUCGAUGACGGACGAGAGCUGGCUAACACCACUAAAAGAGUGAGGAGCUGCCAGACGAUAAGCCCGCAUACUCGGGAUAUGGAAACCGGAAAAACCUUCGGACGACAAGAGAAUUCAUCAACUUUCUCUCUCUAA